AUGAAUGAUGAAGCCUCGUCUGUUGCAAUUGUACAGCCUAUGUAUGAAUUGAAACCUUCGGAUCAUUCAACGAGCGUAUCACAGCUCCUUGGUUUGGUGUCUUUUGUUUUAAAUAAUGAACCUGAGGGCCCCGUAACUAUUGUUAGCAGGAACGGUGCGGAUCUAUGUGGAGUGUUAUGUGCUGUCCACAAUAUAAUACAACAGCUACAAAUGGACGGGGAGGUGGAUAUUUUCACAACGGUCAGACAGCUACAAAUAAGACGACCGGAACUAUGUUCUUCUUUGGAGGAGUAUGGGAUGAUAUACAACUGUGUGCUGAAUAACAUCCGGGCACUAGACGAGUCUUCUGCUGAAAAUAUCUACUGUAACCAAUAAAAAUAAAAAACAUUUCCUGAAUAUAGAGGUCUAAAAUACAAACAUAAAAAUAAA